AUGUAUUUCGGGUGCGGGUGUAACACCUUCCUUGCUGUUUUGGUAGCUUGUGCUAGUGCAAAUGUUGUUGAAGAAGUAAAGAAAGGUUUGGAUGUGGAUGUUCUGCCCCAUAAACAAGCCAUUCCAUUCCAAAGAUUUUAUCGCCGUGUUGGUCGAACAGCUAAGGCCAAGAACCGUCAUUCAAAUGGGCAAGGACGCUGGCCUGUGAAAUCAGCGAAGUUCAUUCUAGAUUUUCUUAAGAAUGAUGAGAGCAACGCUGAUGUGAAAGGUUUGGAUGUGGAUUCUCUUUACAUAUCCCAUGUCCAGGUGAACCAAGUGCAGAAGCAGAGGAGACGCACAUACCGUGCUCAUGUGAGGAUCAAUCCUUAUAUGUCAUCUCCAUGUCACAUUGAGCUGACCUUAUCUGAGAAAGAGGAGCCAGUGAAGAACUCUGAGACUCAGCUGGCCCCUAUGACACCCAAGAAGGCAUGCUUUGUGAAGUGGUUCAUCUUCUGGAAUGGGUAUUUGAGAUGAUGAGCAAUUUUUGUCACUUGCCAUUUAAAGCUUCUUCCUCUUUAAAGACUAUGAUGUUGCUUAUCAUCUGGUGUCUUGUUAUUCAUAGAUGCUAGGACAUGU